CCCCACAUCUCCAAAGGAAAGUUCAUCGGAUUUUUACUCUAGAGAUCUCAUCUUCAGGAUGUCAUUGAACACCUCCACUACAGGAAAAGGUGUGGAUCCAAACACGGUUGACACUUAUGACAGUGGCGAUGAUUGGGAAAUCGGUGUUGGGAAUUUAAUAAUCGAUUUGGACGCCGAUUUGGAGAAGGACAGACAGAAAUUUGAGAUGAAUAAUUCUACCAAUACCACCAGCAGCAGCAACACCAGCUCCAAGGAUUGCGGGGGUCUGGCUUCCAGUGGGGCUAAUACUACCUCAGCCUUAGCUGAUGGCCUAAAAUUUGCUUCUGUUCAGCCCUCUGCUCCCCAGGGGAAUUCCUCUCACAAAGAGACUAGCAAAUCAAAAAUGAAAAGGAGUAAAACUUCUAAGGAUGCUAAUAAAUCUCUGCCUUCUGCUGCCUUGUAUGGGAUUCCUGAGAUCAGCAGUGCUGGCAAGAGGCAGGAAGUCCAAGGGCGCCCUGGAGAGGCAACUGGCAUGAAUUCAGCACUGGGUCAAAGCGUGAGCAGUAACCCGAAUGGCAAUAAUAACAACACCAGCAACACCACCACCACUAUUGCCUCUUGUGGGAAAAACAAAGAGGAGAAACCAGGUAAAAACCAGGGCAGCAGAGGCUCCAAGCGGGAUAAGGAUGCGGGGAAGUCCAGGAAGGACAAGCAGCACGACCUGCAGCCGAGCCACCCCAAUGGCCCCGGGGGUGGCAGUGGCCAGGCCCCCACAGGGCACCUCUAUGGCUACGGGUCCAAGGGCGGUGGGAGCAGCAGCCCCUUCCACUGCACUGCUGCCACCGCCGUCGGGGAGGUGAGCAAAAGUGCCCCGGAUUCAGGGUUAAUGGGGAACUCUAUUUUGGUAAAGAAGGAAGAGGAGGAGGAAGAGAGCCACAGGCGAAUCAAGAAGUUGAAGACAGAAAAGGUUGAUCCCCUGUUUACAGUGCCUGCACCUCCACCUCCGAUUUCCAGCAGUAUCACACCUCAGAUUCUGCCUUCCUACUUUUCCCCAUCUUCAUCCAAUAUUGCAGCACCAGUCGAGCAGCUUUUGGUACGGACUCGUUCAGUGGGUGUAAAUACUUGUGAGAUUGGAGUUGUAACAGAACCCGAAUGCCUUGGACCCUGUGAGCCUGGGACCAGCGUGAACUUGGAAGGAAUUGUGUGGCAUGAAACCGAAGAAGGUGUCCUGGUGGUAAACGUUACAUGGAGGAACAAGACUUAUGUGGGAACGCUGCUGGACUGCACAAAGCAUGACUGGGCCCCUCCCAGGUUCUGUGAAUCUCCAACAAGUGACCUGGAAAUGCGAGGAGGACGGGGCAGGGGGAAGAGGGCAAGGUCUGCUGCAGCUGCAGCUGUACCUGGAAAUGAUACGAGUUUUACCGAGUCUAGAGGACUUCAGAGUAAGAAUCGAGGUGGUGCUAAUGGGAAGGGAAGGAGGGGCAGCCUUAACUCAAGUGGGCGCAGGACACCCCCAAACUGCGCUGUGGAUGAAGUCAAAGCCAGCCCCUCAUCCACAAACAAGAGAAAAAGUAAGCCUCCAAUGGAGCUAGACUUGAACUCCAGUUCGGAGGACAAUAAGUGUGGAAAACGUGUUCGUACUAACUCUAGAAGCACUCCCACCACCCCACAGGGGAAACCAGAGACUACUUUUUUGGACCAAGGCUGCUCUUCUCCAGUGCUGAUUGACUGUCCUCACCCCAACUGCAACAAAAAGUACAAGCACAUUAAUGGACUACGAUACCACCAGGCUCAUGCACAUUUAGACCCAGAAAACAAACUGGAGUUUGAGCCUGACAGUGAAGACAAAAUUUCAGACUGUGAAGAAGCUUUGAGUAAUGUGGCACUUGAAUGCAGUGAGCCAAGCACAAAUUUGCCAGGCUUUGAUCCGCCAAAAGCACCGACAUCUCCUUCCUCUAUCACUACCCCAGGGACCCCCAAGGGAAAAAGGGAACUGACCAGCAAUGGCCCCAGUUCAGUUAUCAGUUCCAAAACUGGCAAGAAUUCUGGCAAAAAGAAGGGUCUGAACAGUGAAUUGAACAGCCUUCCAGUAAUUUCUAAUAUGGCAGCCGCACUGGAUAAUUGCUCUGUAGCAGAUGGCAAUUUGCAAACUGAAAUGCCAAAACUGGAGGCUGAAGGGCUAAUAGACAAGAAGAGUAUGGGUGAUAAAGGCAAGAAAGCUAAUAAUUGCAAAGUGGAUAAAAACCUAUCCAAACUGAAAACAGCCAGGCCCAUUGCCCCAGCGCCAGCCCCGACUCCUCCCCAGUUAAUAGCUAUACCUACUACAGCCUUUACAACCAGCACUACAGGGACAAUACCGGGACUGCCCUCUCUAACAACUACUGUUGUUCAGGCUACACCAAAGAGCCCUCCGCUAAAACCUAUUCAACCAAAGCCCACAAUUAUGGGAGAGCCAAGCACUGUAAACCCAGCUCUCACAUCACUCAAAGACAAAAAGAAAAAGGAGAAGCGAAAGCUAAAGGACAAAGAAAGCAAAGAGACUGGAAGCCCUAAGAUGGAUUCUAAGCUGGGAAAGCUAGAGGAUUCAAAAGGGUCUGGGAAAGAUUUAUCUGGACAUUUUUUAAAGGACCAUCUCAACAAGAAUGAAGUGUUAGCUAAUGGACUUUCCGAGUCUCAAGAGAGUAGGAUGGCGAGUAUUAAGGCUGAAGCUGAUAAGGUUUACACGUUCACAGACAAUGCUCCCAGCCCUUCUAUAGGGAGUGCCUCCAGGAUGGAAUGCAGCACUUUGGUGAAUGGACAAUCUUCGAUGGCGCCACUGCAUGUGUUGACACAAAAUGGUGCAGAUAGCGCUGCCGCUAAAACCAACAGCCCUGCUUACUCGGAUAUCUCUGAUGCAGCUGAUGAUGGUGGCUCCGACAGCCGGUCAGAGGGCAUGAGGUCAAAGGCCAGCUCUCCUUCGGAUAUUAUUUCUAAUAAGGACAGUGUUGUAAAAGGACAUUCUUCAACCACAGCACAAUCGGCUCAAGCGAAAGAGUCCCAUUCUCCCUAUUACCAUGGCUACGAUCCUUAUUAUUCUCCAAGUUACAUGCACUCUGGACAGGUCAGCACCCCAGCAGCUGGGAACAGCAGCACCCCACAGGGACUGAAGAUCAAAAAGGAGGCUGAGGAAGAGGCUGAGAAGAAAGAGAAGGCAGAACUGUCAGAUGCCAAGAAAAGUGAAAGCAGUUCCUCUAAUUUGCAGCCACAACAUCAGUCAGUAAUAACGCAAAGACACCCUGCACUUGCUCAGUCACUUUAUUAUGGACAGUAUGCCUAUGGGCUCUAUAUGGACCAAAAGUCCUUAAUGGCCUCUAAUCCUGCUUACAGACAGCAGUAUGAAAAAUACUAUGAGGACCAGCGACUAGCAGAACAGAAAAUGGCACAAACCGGGAGGGACUGUGAAAGGAAGAAUGAACCCCCCUUGAAGGAAAUUGGAAAGGAUGAUAACAAGCAGAAAAAUAUUCCAUCUGCUACUAUUUCAAAGGCCCCUUCAACUCCAGAGUCGAGCAAAAAUAACACUAAAAUAGGGUCUUCAGUCCCUAACAAAGCUGAGGAGACGAGCAAAUCACAGAUCCUUUCCAAUCACCAGCAGCAGCUUCAGUCUGACAGUUUCAAAGCCAAACAAAUGGAAAACCAUCAGCUCAUAAAGGAGGCUGUGGAGAUGAAAUCUGUUAUGGACUCCAUGAAGCAAACAGGAGUGGAUCCAACCACGAGAUUUAAACAGGAUCCAGAUUCACGAACAUGGCAUCAUUAUGUCUAUCAGCCCAAAUACCUUGAUCAGCAAAAAUCAGAAGAACUUGAUCGUGAGAAAAAGUUAAAAGAAGACAGCCCUAGAAAAACACCUAACAAGGAAAGUUCCCUGCCUAACCUUCCUGUCUCGUUAGCAAGCAUUAAAGAGGAGCCUAAAGAGGUCAAGCGUUCUGAUUCUCAAUCAGUGGAUGAGAACAAGAUAAAAAACGAUGAUCGAAAGACUCCUGUAAAUUGGAAGGACUCUCGGGGUGCUAGAGUAGCAGUUUCCUCACCAAUGAGUCAGCAUCAGUCAUAUAUCCAGUACUUGCAUGCUUAUCCUUAUCCACAGAUGUACGAUCCCAACCAUCCAGCCUAUCGUGCAGUCUCUCCUGUCCUAAUGCACAGCUAUCCUGGGGCCUAUCUCUCUCCAGGAUUUCAUUACCCAGUUUACGGGAAGAUGUCAGGGAGAGAAGAGGCGGAGAAAGUCAAUACCAGCCCAAGCAUCAACGCGAAAUCAACCACUGAGUCCAAAGCACUGGAUUUGCUCCAGCAGCAUGCCAACCAGUAUCGCAGCAAGUCCCCUGUUCCCGUGGAAAAAUCAGCAGCUGAGCGUGAACGGGAAGCAGAAAGGGAAAGAGACCGUCAUUCUCCUUUUAGCCAGCGACAUCUCCAUACACACCAUCACACCCAUGUUGGAAUGGGUUACCCACUUAUACCUGGACAGUAUGACCCAUUUCAAGGAUUGACCUCUGCUGCCCUUGUUGCCACUCAGCAGGUGGCUGCGCAGGCAUCUGCAACUGGUAUGUUUCCUGCACAAAGAAGGUAA